AUGCAAGCUGCUGAGAACAUGGUUUUGGGACAAAUCCAAAAGGGUGGCCCUGCAGCUGUGAAGCAAAUUGCUGCGUCUGUGAAUGAGAGGGUCGGUGCUGCUGGCCAUCGUGAAGCCACUGAUAUUGCCAGAAACGAAGGUAUCACUGUACAAGAAACUCAAGUAGGUGGUACCCGUGUCAUCACUGAAGAAGUUGAUGGACUGGUUUUGGGGCGUUAUGUUCCCCCAGAUGUGCCACUUAGGUAUCCAGGAAAUGUUCUUAAUCGAGAUUCCACAUCAAUUGGUGAGGCCACUACUCUUUCAUGUGAUGACAAAUCAGUUGAUCAAGGUGAUGCUGUAGCAAUACAAGUUGUUGAGAUGAGAGCCACUGGGACUAACGAAAUAACACCUAGUGGAGUGGCUUCCAUGGCACAAUCUGCUACUAAUGUUAACCCUCGCAUAAUGCGUGAUAAGAAUAAGACUACUCUCUAUGAUGUCCUAGCGGAUACCACUACAAGACUGCCAAUGGACAAAGUAAUGACACGUGAAGAUGUUGAAGGGGUGAUUGAUGCAAAAAUAAGAAACAAGCUUGACAUGAGCACUACUCCUAGUGGAGUAGCCACUUCUAUGGCAGCAUUAGCCAAGAUUAACCAAAGCAAGUGA